AUGUCACUAAUACGGAAAAGGGUGCGCAACCGCAAUUACCACCAACACCANACCACCACCACCACCACUACCACCACAAGCUUGAUUGCUAAACUAUACAGCACACGUGGGGCUCCUACUAUCAACAUCCAAAACCAACACACUGUGUCGCUAGGACGAAGCAAAGCGUGUGAUGUGCAAUUACAAGGAGCUGACGUUUCCUCCAAACAUUGUCAAUUGGAUCGAAUCACUUCAGAAAGUCAAGAUAAGACACGCGAGUAUUUACAGUUGAUUGACUUGAGUUCGAAUGGGGUCUACAUAAAUGGCGACAAAAUGGAUCGAAAUUCCAGUGUCAUUUUGAAAACUGGGGAUAAGUUACAAUUUGCCAAAACUGGUGGCACUUACGUAUUUCGGUACGCUUUUGAUCUCACCAAUGAAUCAUCCCAGCCUCCGGUGGACACGGUACUGACAUCGAAUAUUCACGGAGGAAACAGUAGUGGCCCAGGCGUGUUGGGAGUCUUUGGAAAAUCAUUUAAAAACUCCUUUUUUGAUGAUUACAUUCUAGGCAAGCAAUUAGGUACUGGCCACUAUGCCAUUGUCCGCGAGGCCAAAAACAAACAAACGGGGCAGAUUGUAGCGGUAAAGAUUUUCCACCCUAAUAGGACAAACUCGGCAGCACAAGAUGCUAAAUUGCAACAAGAAAUGAAUUUGCUUCUUUCCAUCAACCACCCAAACAUUGUCCUGUUCGUGGGACAUUAUAUUGAACCAAAUAGUAAACACUCGGUAAAUACGUACUUGGUAUUGGAGAAAGUCAACAAUGGUGAGUUGUUUCAACGCAUUGUUAAUAAACAAAGACUACGAAGUGACGAAACUAGAGCCAUAUUUAAACAAUUAUUGAGUGGAUUGAAAUAUCUACACGACAACAAUAUAAUUCAUCGUGACAUCAAGCCGGAAAACAUCUUGUUGGACAUAACACGCAGAGGAAAUGCAGAUGCAGACGCAAUCACACACACCAAUCAGCAAACUGGACCUUGGGAUCCUGAUGAACUCGAUGUACGCGUCAAAAUUGCUGAUUUUGGGUUGGCAAAAUUUAUUGGCGAGUUGAAGUUUACAAACACAUUGUGCGGUACGCCUGCUUAUGUUGCUCCCGAGAUUUUGAAACACGAUCGAAAUUAUUCAACCAAGGUAGAUCUCUGGUCAAGUGGUGUGUUAUUAUACGUAUGUUUGAGUGGGUUUCCUCCGUUUAGCGAUGAAUUGGCUCCACCAAAUAUGAAGGAACAAAUAUUGACGGGUAAAUAUGCCUUUUAUUCUCCUUAUUUCGAUGAAAUCGAUGACGUUGUUUUGGACUUGAUUACAAAUUUGUUGAAAGUCGAUCCAGAAGAAAGGUAUAGUGUUGAAGAAGCGUUGAAUCAUGAGUGGUUUCAAGACUAA